AUGGGGGCCGGCGACGCUGGGCUGCCGGUGCUGGGCGCGCUCGGGCUGCUGCUGCUGCUGCUGCUGCGGGCCGCCUGGACGCUGGGCCGGGCGGCGCUGACCCACCUGCUGGCGGAGCGCGGGAGGGGCGCGGAGCUCGCCAGCUUCGGAGCCUGGGCGGUGGUGACUGGAGCUACAUCUGGGAUUGGAAGAGCCUAUGCCCAUGAGCUCGCCAAGAGAGGCCUCAAUGUGGUGCUGAUCAGCCGCUCCCUGCAGAAACUGAAGCUGGUGGCAGCUGAGAUAGAGAAGCAGCAUGGCCGAAGCACCAGAGUUAUUGAAGUUGAUUUCACCCAGGAGUCAGAGAUCUAUGAAUCAAUCCAAACUGCCCUGCAAGGCCUGGAGAUUGGCAUUCUGGUGAACAACGUCGGAAUGCUCUAUGCAACGGACCCAGUCAAAUUCCUGGAUAUCCCCAACAUUGAGAAGACUGUGUCAGAUAUUGUGAAUUGCAACACGCUCUCAGUGGCAAAGAUGACUAGGAUCGUCCUGCCCCAGAUGCUCACCAGGAAGAAGGGGAUCAUCAUUAACAUAUCCUCUGAAACGGGCCGUCACCCCCAGCCAUUGGUCACAGUGUACAGUGCUACCAAGAGAUUUGUAGAUUUCUUCUCGAGAGGCUUGGAGGCCGAGUACCGCUCCCAGGGCAUCCUAGUGCAGAGUGUCCUGCCUUUCUUUGUUUCCACAAACAUGACCAACUACAUCAAACCCAGCCGCUUUGUGAAGACAGCAGAAACCUUCGCUUGUGAGGCCUUGAACACAGUGGGCAUCAGUAGCAGGACAUCUGGCUGCCUUUCCCACUCUGUGCAGAGCUUCAUUUAUGAACUGCUGUAUCCUGAGUGGUUAUGUCUCUCCUCCUUUGGGAUUAAAUGCACUCAGGUCGUGUGGAGGAAGUUGAAGACCCAGAUGACCUCACUGAAACAUGAGCAGGCAAGAACUCACACACCCAAAUGAUGCACCACUAACCGUUGGAAGAAAUUACCAAGGGAAGGGAUGGAGUCUCCAUCUUUUGAAGUUUUGAUCUACUUAGAUGUUUUUCUGGGAGAUGCUUUAGCCAAAUGCAAGUUAUUAUACUCAAUACAGGGGUAAAAGAGUGAAAUUCUACAGCCUGUCAUAUGGCAGAGUCAGGCUACAUGAUCUAAUAGUCCCUUCUGGCCUUAAAAUCUGUGAAUCUAUCAGUUUAAAGCAUGACUUGAAGAGGGAGCAGGAAGCCAAGAGGCUGUAGGGUAUUCAGAACAGGCCUAAAAUGUCAGCCUGAGAACCAGCUCCUACAGACCUUAUACUGGCCCAGAACCAACUGGCUUCAGUGGGAAAUUUUGUCCUAUUAAGCUCUGCAGGAUUUGGCCCUGAGUCUUGUUA